AUGCCUGAAUCAACGCCAGUCUUUGUUUCCAAGCCGCAAAAGAAGCCGUUUAGAUAUGAUUUGAUGAAUCAAUUGUGCUUUCUGGGUUGCGCGGUCAUUAUAAUACACUAUCUAAAAUAUGGAUCAUCUACUAUUGCAUUCUUCUUCCGGCUUUUCGUACAAUCUCUACUUUCAAAAUCACAAGUAGUGUCACAGCAUUUAAGAAGAAUAUCGUUGAAUUCACAAAGCCGCGCUUCACGAAGCUCGCCAGGUGCCAACGGAAACGCGGCAAGCAAUGGCAGCAACCCGCCAAUGCCAGGGACAUUCACCGUGAGAAACGCACCUACAGGACUAGCUCCGGAAGCUGCAAGUGAAGAAGCUGUAAAUGAAGCUGAAAAGAACGUGAGAUGGUUCCUAUUUCACUGUUCGUUUACUUUUAAUUGCAUAUCAAUCUUAAUGGCUCUAAUAUGGCCUGUCAACUUCUGCAGCAAGAUUGGACAAUACCAGCUGAGCAAAAAUGGUGUCGGCAAUACGCCUUCUCCUUUCGACAAUCAGAAUGGUCUCGUUGGCGGGGAGCUUCGAAGGACCUUCUUCGUACAAUUUAUUGGAGAGAGAGUCCCCACCAACAACCUUCGCGGCAAUAUGAACAUAGUCUUUCUCGAGGUUUUGAUUCUUAUUUUCCAAUUCAGCCUUUUUAUUCUUACCGCCUACAAUUUUACUGAACCACCAAUAGAGGACGUGGCAAUCGACGCAGAAAAUAGCGGUCAAAGCGACAGUGAUACCAACAGUAGCAAAGAUGAUGGGUUCUCUGGCAAUGUGCUGGUCACGACUUUGAACCCUAUUGAGGUUAUUGAUCACCUUUUGCAAGAGAGGUUUGAUCAAACUAGUCCAUCUUCCAAUAGUAACAGUCUGGUUUAA